GAGUAGGGAACUCUCACGGAACACCGGUCUGGAAGUGUUUGCGUUUCAAGUCUCAGUUGGAUGAGACAUUUGAGUCUGCAGUUAUGGCGGGAGAAAUGGCUGGUUUUGGAGUUAUGGUGACAGUGCUGCUCCUGGCUCCAGCGAUAUGUGCUGCGGCAGCAGGCACACCAGUACAUGUGAUCCAGCUUGUAGAAGGAAGAUCUGACAUCUACAAUACAUCACAGAAUUUCUGCUAUAAAAAAACAUCAGAUCCAAAGUGGUCCGAAGUGUGGACCAAAGUGCAGAUUCGGGUAAAAAGCACCAGAAUGAUCAGAGUGACACAGGUGGACAGCGAGGAGAAGCUGAAGGAAUUGGAUGCAUUUAGUGUGUUCGAUCUCUUCUCCUUCUUUAGAGAGAAAUUAAAUGAUACCUACAUAAAUGUGGACCUCCGGAGCAACAAAACCUGCAUUAAAGUGCAUGUAAAUGAGGCAGAUGCACGUUAUAGUGUCGUCCUUUCUAAAGGCUUUGAUCCCAAGCUCUUUGCCGCCUUCUUUAUCGGUCUCCUCUUGUUUUUCUAUGGAGACUCUCUCAGUCGAAGUCAACUUUUUUACUAUGGCACAGGAAUGAGUGUGGGAAUGGUGGCUUCAAUACUGAUACUUGUGUUCAUGCUCUCCAGGCUGCUGCCUAAGAAAAGCCCUUUCUAUGUGUUACUGGUCGGAGGUUGGUCCUUCUCACUGUAUAUCAUCCAGCUGGUGUUUAAAAACUUCCAGGAAAUCUGCAAAGAGUAUUGGCAGUAUCUACUAGGCUAUUUGGGCAUCGUGGGCUUUGUAAGCUUUGCAGUUUGCUAUAAAUAUGGCCCUUUGGAGAAUGAGCGGAGUAUAAACCUGCUGAACUGGACUCUUCAGCUUAUUGGAUUGCUGCUGAUGUACAUUGGCAUACAAGUGCGUAACGUGGCGCUGGUUAUGAUAGUAGUUGCAUUUUGUACCAAGCAGAUUGAGUACCCAGUGCGAUGGGUGCACAGCUUAUACAGAAUCAUUGUUAAAUCCAGAAUGAAACCCGAGCCGCCUCGUCUAUUGACGGAGGAAGAAUUCAGGAAACAGGGGGAAGAGGAAACAAAAAAAGCUUUGGAAGACCUGCGGGAAUACUGCAGUAGCCCAGAUUUUCAAGCUUGGAAGGUGAUUUCACGUAUCCAGUCCCCAAAAAGGUCAGAAUAUUCAAGGACCAUGAUGUCCCUCACUGGAAAGAGAGAAGAGGAAGGGAGGACAUGGUUCGCUGAUUUUGUGGAAGGUUCGUCUCACUUGAACUCAAAUGAGGUUUCUCUUCACGAACAUGAGUAUGGCAUUGGAGGAUCUUACUUUGAGGAAGAGCUCUUUGACGAUGAAGAGGAGGAUGCAGACAUUGAAGGUGACUGUGACGAGUCCUACUCCAAUUUUCAUCGACAACUGCCUAAUAACAUAGUUAGGUCACCGCACCAUUGAGACUUCUAGGGAAAUCCCUGGCUCCUAAGCCCUAAGAUUUAUUUCACACUUCGUCUGCGCUGUUCCUGGCCGCACAGGUAUUUGAGCCAGCUACUUGACAGGGAUCCGGAGCCUCAUAAAAGAAGUUUACCAAAAAAAGUACAUCAGUGUCCUGAUUAUUCCCCAGAAAAUUCAGCACUUUUUACACAGCUAUGCAAUAUCCAACCAGCAGAAGAGACUAAAGUGAAGAGGGAGAAGGCAUGUCCCAUCUUAUUUUAACUGUAUAUUGUUGUGUCUUGAACACAGCAGCUCCAUAUGUUGGUGUAUGUUUUGUUUGCUGCUGUUGGUUUCCUUUUUUUGUGUGAUUUUUCUCAAACAUGCUAAAUCUUGUCUCUACACACUCUUUUUCCUUUCUUUCAAGAUUCCUUUUUCCCAUGUAAUAAAACCAUAGUUGAGACACCCUAACGUAAGGGCUAUGUACCUUAUCACUGCAAUGCCCAUAUAUAUAUUCUGUGUACUGCCCUGUCUAACAUUGGUACACAGUCAGCAAUGAGUGCGUGUCAGAGUAUGCCCACUAUCAGCACUCACUGCUGACAAUGUACCAAUGUUAGACAGGGCAGUACACAGAAUAUAUAUAUAUAUACUGCGCUGUCCUUAUUGCCUCCCUCAUAUAUAUAUAAAGCUGGCGCUAUAUAUAAAUUUAUAUUCUAGACAGCUUUAUAUAUAUGAGGGAGGCAAUAAGGACAGCGCAGUGAGUGAGGGAUGUCUUCACUAUUCAGUUCUGUGCUAAAGUAUGUUUAUUAUCAAUAGCCCUACACAUUUUAAUGUCUAAUUUUACUGCCAGAUUCCAACUUAAUUUUUAUUUUUUAUUUUUUUUGGGAGGGGGGCGGGGGGGGGGGGUUAGGAUUUGUAUGGAUCUUUGUGACACAUCAGCCACUUGUUGACCUCAGCUGUGAAUAACAAUCAGAAUGAACGUUGAUAUUUUAAGGGCAUCUGUCAGCAGAUUUGUACCCAUGAAAUUGGCUGACCAGUUACAUGUGCGCUUGGCAGCUGAAGGCAUAGCUGUUGGUCCCAUGUUCAUAUGUGUCCACAUUGCUGAGAGAAAUAAACUUUUAAUAUAUGCAAAUGACCCUCUAGGAGCAACAGGGGCGUUGCCAUUGCGCCUAGAGGCUCUGCACUUUGCGGGGAAAGGUGCAAUGAAGUUUAUACUGCCUGGCCCUGUCAAAUCAAGGGCAAAGGGUGCGGCAGUUGCAGAGAGGGCUGAGCCUCUAGUGUAAGGGCAACUCCCCCGUUGCUAAUAGAGGCUCAUUUGCAUAUAUUAAAACAUUGUUUUUCUCACUAAUGCGGACACAUAUGAACACGGGACCAACACGGAGGCCUUCAGCUGUCAAGUGCACAUGUAACAGGUCAGCCAGUUUCAUAGGUGCAAAUCUGCUGACAGAUGCCCUUUAACACCUAGCAAAAACUAUAAUUUCUGUUUUUAAUUUCUUGCUCCGUUUUCAGCCAUGUAUGUGAAAAUCUAUUACUGUCCACAUUGGACAUUAUGCAGCAGCUGUUAUAUUAUUGGGCAACACAAAUGUGAAAAAAAAAAUCACAGAAUGAAGUUAGACUCUAAGGCUCCAGUCACACGUCUGCAAUUGUGGUCCGCAUCUGUUCCGCAAUUGUGCAGACCCAUUCAUUCUCUAUGGGGACGGAAUGGAUGCGGAGAGCACACUAUGUGCUUUCCGCAUUUCUGGAGCGCGCAGCCGA